GGGAGGUGAGUGCGCGCGCGCCUGCUCGUCUGCCGCUGGAGAGUCGCGCGGGGCGGGGCCGCGUGAGCGGGGUCGGGGGCGCGGGCGCGCAGGCCCAAGCGGACUGGAGACGCAGAGGCAGUUGGCGGUGGCUGACGGAAAGUCCUGGCAGGACUGGGAGGGACUGCGGCGCAGAUACCGGUCCCGCGGGCAGAAGCAGAGACCGCGGGUUGAGGCGGCCGUUCCAACGCGUGCUCUCUAGGCGGGGUGCGGCGGGGAUGUGCCUGCCCCGGCCGGGCGGAGUCUCUGUGACAGGGCGGGGGAUGCGCGGACGCCGCUUGCUCGGACCCUAGGGCGGCUGGGCCCACCCUCGCGGAACCGUCCGACCCCCGGCGGCCUCGGCCUCUGCUGUUUUUGUCCGGCCUGACCCUGGAAACCGAGGGUGGGAAGCGGCUACUGCAGAAGAGGAAGGGGCUGUGGUGGCCACCGCGGCACAGCCCGAGGUGUAAGAUGGAAUCUCAGAGUUGUUUUGAUUUGCAUUUCUCUGAUGACUAAGGAUGUUGAACAUUUCCUGCCAGCCGUUUUUGAUUCCUCCGUUGAGACUUCUCUGUUUAGUUCUUUUGCCAAGAAGAUGGUUUUCCAAGUCCUGAAUGCAUACUGUCCGUUCUGAUGGGACAAGAUCCAAUAUGAAUGUAAGUGAUGGAGGAAGACGACGCUUUGAGGAUAAUGAACAUACAUUACGAAUAUAUCCCGGGACAAUUUCAGAAGGAACAAUUUACUGUCCAGUUCCUGCCAGAAAAAACUCCACAGCUGCUGAGGUGAUUGAUUCUCUUAUAAAUAGACUUCACCUAGACAAAACAAAAUGUUACGUCUUAGCAGAGGUAAAGGAAUUUGGUGGAGAAGAAUGGAUACUCAAUCCAACCGACUGUCCAGUUCAAAGAAUGAUGUUAUGGCCUCGGAUGGCUUUGGAAAAUCGCUUGAGUGGAGAGGAUUACCGCUUUCUUCUGAGAGAAAAAAAUCUUGAUGGAUCAAUCCAUUAUGGUAGCCUUCAGUCAUGGCUACGGGUAACCGAAGAACGCCGCAGGAUGAUGGAACGGGGUUUCCUUCCACAGCCUCAACAGAAGGACUUUGAUGAUUUAUGUAGCUUACCUGAUUUGAAUGAGAAAACUCUUUUAGAAAACCUACGGAAUCGCUUUAAGCAUGAAAAAAUUUAUACUUAUGUUGGCAGUAUUCUAAUAGCUAUUAACCCAUUCAAAUUUCUUCCUAUUUAUAACCCUAAAUAUGUCAAAAUGUAUGAUAACCACCAGUUGGGAAAACUUGAACCCCACAUAUAUGCUGUGGCAGAUGUAGCAUAUCAUGCUAUGCUUCAGCGCAAAAAGAAUCAGUGUAUUGUGAUUUCAGGAGAGAGUGGUUCUGGAAAGACACAAAGCACAAACUUUCUUAUUCAUCACCUUACUGCCCUCAGUCAGAAAGGAUUUGCUAGUGGAGUAGAACAGAUUAUUCUUGGAGCUGGACCAGUACUUGAGGCUUUUGGAAAUGCAAAGACAGCUCAUAAUAACAAUUCAAGUCGUUUUGGCAAGUUUAUUCAAGUAAAUUACCAAGAAACAGGCACUGUACUUGGGGCGUAUGUUGAAAAGUAUCUACUGGAGAAAUCUAGACUUGUUUAUCAAGAGCAUAAUGAACGGAACUAUCAUGUAUUCUAUUACCUCCUCGCAGGAGCAAGUGAAGAAGAGAGGUUAGCAUUUCAUCUUAAGCAGCCUGAGGAGUACCAUUAUCUCAAUCAGAUAACAAAGAAACCCCUAAGACAGAGCUGGGAUGAUUAUUGCUAUGAUUCUGAGCCGGAUUGCUUCACAGUGGAGGGAGAAGAUUUGAGGCAUGAUUUUGAACGCUUACAAUUGGCCAUGGAAAUGGUAGGAUUUCUCCCCAAGACACGGAGACAGAUUUUCUCUCUGCUCUCAGCAAUACUACAUUUGGGUAAUAUCUCCUAUAAAAAGAAGACCUAUCGGGAUGACUCUAUUGACAUCUGUAAUCCUGAAGUACUGCCUAUUGUCUCAGAAUUAUUAGAAGUUAAAGAAGAGAUGCUCUUUGAAGCAUUAGUUACAAGGAAGACGGUGACAGUGGGAGAAAAACUUAUUUUACCAUAUAAGCUGGCAGAGGCUGUGACAGUGAGAAACUCCAUGGCUAAAUCUUUAUAUAGUGCUCUGUUUGACUGGAUCGUGUUUCGUAUUAAUCAUGCACUUCUAAAUAGUAAAGAUUUGGAACAUGAUACCAAGACUUUGUCCAUUGGUGUUCUUGAUAUUUUUGGGUUUGAAGACUAUGAAAAUAAUAGUUUUGAGCAGUUCUGUAUUAAUUUUGCUAAUGAACGUUUACAACACUACUUUAAUCAGCAUAUCUUUAAGUUGGAACAAGAAGAAUAUAGAACUGAAGGUAUCAGUUGGCACAACAUAGAUUAUAUUGAUAAUACUUGCUGCAUAAAUCUUAUUAGUAAAAAACCAACAGGACUGCUCCAUCUUUUGGAUGAAGAAAGCAAUUUUCCACAGGCUACAAAUCAAACUUUACUAGACAAGUUUAAACAUCAACAUGAAGAGAAUUCUUAUAUUGAAUUUCCAGCUGUGAUGGAACCUGCUUUUAUCAUAAAACAUUAUGCUGGAAAAGUAAAAUAUGGAGUAAAGGAUUUUCGGGAAAAAAAUACAGAUCAUAUGCGUCCAGACAUUGUGGCUCUUCUGAGAAGUAGCAGGAAUGCUUUUGUCUCCGGGAUGACUGGAAUUGAUCCUGUAGCUGUUUUCCGAUGGGCAGUUCUCCGGGCUUUUUUCAGAGCUGUGGUUGCUUUCAGGGAAGCUGGGAAAAGAUACAUUCAGAGAAAAACUGGACAUGAUGAUACAACGCCAUGUGCAAUUUUGAAAAGUAUGGAUAGUUUUAGCUUUCUCCAACACCCAGUCCACCAGAGGAGCUUAGAGAUUCUGCAGAGGUGCAAGGAAGAGAAGUACAGUAUAACCCGUAAAAACCCAAGAACACCUCUUUCUGAUCUUCAGGGCAUGAAUACUCUAAAUGAAAAAAAUCAACAUGAUACAUUUGAUAUUUCUUGGAAUGUCAGAACUGGCAUUCGCCAAAGCAGACUACCAACUAGCAACACUUCCUUGCUUGAUAAAGAUGGGAUAUUUGCUAAUUCAGCAAGCAGCAAACUCCUGGAAAGAGCUCAUGGAAUUCUCACACGAAACAAAAACUUCAGAUCAAAACCUGUUCUUCCAAAGCACUUGCUGGAGGUAAAUUCUUUGAAGCAUCUAACAAGACUCACCCUACAGGAUCGGAUUACCAAAUCCCUUCUUCAUCUGCACAAGAAAAAGAAACCUCCCAGUAUCAGCGCCCAGUUUCAGGCCUCCUUAAGCAAGCUGAUGGAGACACUUGAUCAAGCAGAACCAUAUUUUGUAAAAUGUAUUCGCUCCAAUGCUGAAAAGCUACCCUUAAGAUUCAAUGAUACUUUGGUGCUAAGACAGCUUCGGUACACUGGAAUGCUGGAGACAGUUCGAAUUCGUCAAUCAGGAUAUAGCUCCAAGUAUUCUUUCCAGGAUUUUGUGAGUCACUUUCAUGUACUUCUUCCCCGAAAUAUUAUCCCUUCUAAAUUUAACAUUCAAGAUUUCUUCAGGAAAAUAAAUAUUAAUCCUGAUAAUUACCAAGUUGGAAAAACGAUGGUUUUCCUAAAGGAGCAUGAACGACAGCACUUACAAGAUCUGCUUCACCAGGAAGUGCUUCGAAGAAUUGUACUAUUGCAGCGGUGGUUUAGGGUCUUGCUCUCUAGGCAACAGUUCCUCCAUUUGAGACAGGCAUCUGUUAUUAUCCAGCGUUUCUGGAGGAAUUACCUAAAUCAAAAGCAUGUCAGAAAUGCGACUGUGAAGAAAGAUGCUUUGAUUAUGGCUAGUGCAGCAUCCCUUCUCCAAGCUUCCUGGCGUGCUCACUUAGAGAGACAGCGAUACUUGGAGUUACGAGCUGCAGCUGUCAUUAUCCAGCAGAGGUGGAGGGAACUGUGUAGAUGCCGACACAGGGCUGCUACCUGUAUACAGGCAAGGUGGAGGAGCUACAGGCAAAGUAAGAAGUACAAAGAACAAAGGAACAAAAUUAUCCUUUUACAGUCAACAUAUAGAGGAUUCAGAGCAAGACAAAGAUAUAAAGCUUUAAAAGAGCAAAGGCUAAAAGAAACAAAACUAGAGCAUGGAUUGGUGCAUGUCAAGGCAUGUGGAACUCUAGAAAUUCAGGGUUCAGACCCUUCUGAGUGGGAGGAUCGUUCUUUUGACAACAGAGUGAAAGCCAUAGAGGAAUGUAAAUCUGUGAUAGAGAGUAAUCGAAUUAGCCGUGAAAGUUCCAUGGAUUUCUCAAAGGAGUCUCCAGACAAGCAGCAUGAGAGAGGCAGAAGCCAAAGUGGUACGGACUUGCAGGAAGAAGUGAUUGUAAGACAGAGACCCAAGUCCUUGGAGGAUCUCCAUCAGAAAAAAGUAGGUCGAGCCAAAAGGGAAAGUCGGAGAAUGAGAGAAUUAGAGCAAGCUAUAUUUAGCUUAGAAUUGCUGAAAGUUCGCUCUCUUGGUGGUGUGUCUCCUUCAGAGGAACGUAGAUGGUCUUCAGAACUGGCUCCGGAAGGCCUGCAGUCUCCACAGGGUACACCUGAUAGUGAGAGUUCACAAGGAAGCUUAGAACUUCUGACUUGUGAGGAGAGCCAACAGAGCAAACCAGAGUCCCUCAUUUUAGAUGAGGGAGAAUUGAAGAUUCCAUCACCCAAUAUAUCUGCUAAUCCAAAAUUCCAUUCACAAGACAAUGUUCUUAGUGCCUCAAGGGACACUAGCUCCGUAUUGACUCGAAAAGGAGCAUCUUGUGAUUCAGAGCAUUUGAAGAAUGGGACUGCUAAGGAAAAGCUGGUCUGUUCUGAACCUAUCUCCUGUAAACCCCAGAUGAGAGACUCUUUUGUUUCAAGUAGUCUACCUACAUUUUUUUAUAUUCCCCAUCAAGAACCUCUAAAAACAAGUUCCCAACCAGACACAAGUAUCCAAAGAAACAAACUGCUGGAAAGAGAAGCCACUUUGAAUACAGCUAUUACUUUAGAUAUCAACAGGGAAGCCAGGAAGUGUCAGUUCUCAGGAGAUCAAGUGAUUCCUUUGAAUACAGAUGCUUCGUGUACUGUGCUUAAGAAGUUGGAAAAGCUGAAUACUGAAAAGGAGAAAAGGCAAAAGCAGUUACAGCAGCAGAAUGAAAAAGAAAUGAUGGAACAGAUUCGUCAACAGACAGAUAUUUUAGAGAAGGAACGUAAAGCCUUCAAGACGGUUGAACAGGCACGCACUGAGGAAUCUCUCUUGGCACCAUCUUUUUAUCAGCCAAGACAAAGAGUAGAAAGGCCAUCUUCUCUGCAUAUCCAAAAUACCCCAAGUGAGGGAGAAGCUGGUGUAGUAGGUUCCCCAUCAGCAGUCACUAAAAGAGAUACAGCUCUUGCCACAAAAGAUAGUUCCUCCAUUCAUUUACCUCCGAAAGACCGACCUGUCACCCUCUUCUUUGAAAGAAAAGGAAGCCCAUGCCAAUCAAAGACUGCCAGGGAAUUAUCCAAGACAGAAAGAAUAGGCACCCAACAUGUUGCCUGUAAACUCUCUAAUAACCGCAUUACAGAAAGAGAACACUUUAGGUCAACUCACUCUUAUGGCCACAGACCUGAUGACCCUUCCAGAGGGGGAAAUUCAAGAGCCAUUUUCUUCACACCAAAAGACAAUAUGAUUAUUCCACCUGUACAGAGUGGAAAUCCUCAAGUUCACAAACAAGAUGAACCAGCUUGGAAAUCUAAAUUUGCAGGGCCGGGCCAACGAGAGGUUGCCAGACCGGCCCAUAAAAAGAAAGCUCGAAUGGCGCGGACGCGCUCCGAUUUCUUGACUAGAGGUACUUUUCCCGAUGGGGAGGGGGAUACAGAGGAAGAUGAUUACGAUGACAUUAUUGAGCCCCUUCUCUCCCUUGACCAAGCUUCUCACUCUGAGCUAGGGCCUGUAUCCAGCCUGGGUCAGGCCUCUCACAGUGACUCCGAAAUGACAUCACAACGAUUUUCUUCAGUUGAUGAGCAAGCAAAGCUCCAUAAGGCUAUGUCUCAAGGAGAGAUUACAAAAUUGGCAGUAAGACAGAAGUCUUCAGAUUUGGACAUAAGACCCCAGAGAGCAAAGAUGAGAUUCUGGGCCAAAGGGAAACAAGGAGAGAAGAAGACUACUAGAGUAAAACCUGCUCCCCAGUCAGAGGUCUCGUCACUCUUUCCUGGCUCAGAUGGGACAUCUGCUAAUCCCUUUUCAGAUGAAUUAACUCAGUAUCACCCAACACCUCCUUUGAGCCCAGAACUGCCUGGGAGUUCCCGAAAAGAGUUCAAAGAAAAUAAGGAGCCUUCUCCAAAAGCAAAGCGCAAAAGAGGUGUGAAAAUCAGCAACGUGGCUUUGGAUUCUAUGCAUUGGCAAAAUGACUCUGUCCAAAUCAUAGCAAGUGCCAGUGAUUUAAAAAGUAUGGAUGAAUUUCUUCUGAAAAAGAUGAAUGACCUAGAUAAUGAAGACAGCAAGAAGGAUACAUUAGUGGAUGUCGUAUUUAAAAAAGCCCUGAAAGAAUUUCGGCAGAAUAUCUUCAGCUCUUACUCAUCUGCAUUGGCGAUGGAUGAUGGGAAAAGCAUACGAUACAAAGACCUGUAUGCACUGUUUGAACAGAUUCUGGAAAAGACCAUGAGGCUUGAACAACGUGAUUGGAAUGAAUCUCCAGUGAGAGUUUGGGUUAACACAUUCAAGGUGUUUUUAGAUGAGUACAUGAAUGAAUUCAAGACUCUGGAUAGCACAGCUUCAAAGGUGCCUAAAACAGAAAGAAAGAAAAGAAGGAAAAAAGAAACUGAUUUGGUGGAAGAGCACAACGGCCACAUCUUUAAGGCCACCCAGUAUAGCAUCCCUACAUACUGUGAAUACUGUUCUUCCUUGAUAUGGAUAAUGGACAGAGCCUCUGUUUGCAAAUUGUGUAAGUAUGCUUGCCAUAAGAAGUGCUGUCUGAAAACCACAGCCAAGUGCUCCAAGAAGUAUGAUCCAGAGCUUUCAUCUCGGCAAUUUGGGGUUGAACUGUCUCGAUUGACUAGUGAAGACCGAGCUGUUCCUUUAGUGGUUGAGAAGCUCAUAAACUACAUUGAAAUGCAUGGGCUUUAUACCGAAGGUAUUUACCGAAAGUCUGGUUCAACUAAUAAAAUCAAGGAACUUCGACAAGGUCUAGAUACAGAUGCUGAAAGUGUAAACCUAGAUGACUAUAACAUACAUGUUAUUGCAAGCGUAUUCAAACAAUGGCUUCGAGAUUUGCCCAAUCCACUCAUGACCUUUGAACUCUAUGAGGAAUUUCUUCGAGCUAUGGGCCUUCAGGAGAGAAAGGAGACAAUCCGUGGAGUGUACUCUGUAAUUGAUCAGCUCUCCCGAACUCAUCUCAAUACACUGGAACGCCUCAUCUUUCAUCUAGUUAGGAUUGCGCUACAGGAAGACACUAACCGAAUGUCUGCUAAUGCUCUGGCCAUUGUGUUUGCACCUUGCAUUCUCCGUUGCCCUGACACUACUGACCCACUACAAAGUGUACAAGAUAUCAGUAAGACUACCACCUGUGUGGAGCUGAUUGUUGUAGAACAAAUGAAUAAAUAUAAGGCUCGUCUCAAAGAUAUAAGUAGCCUGGAAUUUGCUGAAAAUAAAGCAAAGACCAGACUAUCACUGAUUCGUAGAUCAAUGAAACCUGUACUAAUUGCAGUUAGAUUUAUGAGCAUUACCCGCAGUUCAGUCUCGGGAAAGGGGCGUAUAAAUCGUGGAAACUAUCCAAGUCCAUCCUCUCCUGUAAUAGUCCGAUUGCCUUCCAUGUCUGAUGUCCCUGAAGAGACCAUGACUAGUGAAACGGCCAUGGAGACUGACAUCACAGAACAGCAGCAAGCAGCAAUGCAGCAGGAGGAAAAAGUGCUGACUGAGCAAAUUGAGAAUUUACAGAAAGAGAAGGAAGAACUAACUUUUGAGAUGCUCGUAUUGGAACCUCGUGCCUCUGAUGACGAAACCCUUGAGUCUGAGGCUUCUAUUGGGACUGCUGAUAGCUCAGAAAAUUUGAACAUGGAUUCUGAAGAGAGAAGCUUAGCCCUUAGCUCCCUGAGAGCAGCUGCCAAGUCUGAGCCUUCAAGCAAGUUGGGAAAACAGCUAAGAAAGCAGCCAGACUCUGUGGACUCAGUCAACUCCUGCGUCUCUUCCUGUUUAUCUAACACUACAUCAUCUCAUGGCACUAGAAAGCGAUUUCAGAUUUAUUCCAAGUCUCCAUUUUACCGAGCUGCCUCAGCUUGUGAGGCCCUGGGUAUGGAAGGACCACUAGGCCAAGCCAAAUCGCUGGAAGACAGGCCUCAGUUCAUCAGCAGAGGAACCUUCAACCCUGAAAAGGGCAAACAAAAACUAAAGAAUGUGAAAAAUUCACCUCAGAAAACCAAAGAGACCCCAGAGGGGACAGUCGCAUCUGGCCGAAAGAAAACUGUGGACCCAGACUGCAGCUCAGCACAGCAGCUACCACCUUUUGGAAAUAAUGAGUUUAUGGUCUGAAUGACAGAUGUGUCCCUAUGUGGCUAGAGUGGUAAACACAUCUCAUCUCUGGGGCCUCUUCUGGUCACUUUGUCCAUAACAGUCCUAAUGGUCCUGCCUCUUGUUCCAGCACUUUGUGUGCUGGAUCACUGGGCUUCCUGCAGAAGUGGCCUCUUUGAAGGUUGCUAGGGAUGGGCCAUCUGUGCCUUGGCUGCUGUCUUUGAUUUGAGAUUCCACUAAACAAAGCCACCUAGGACCUGGGGGAUUUUGGUCAGCAGUUGUUGCCUCUCCCGCAGUACUCUUCCCUUCCCAACAGAUACUUGUUGAACUAGGAGGCUAUUGUGAUCCUGAGGAAUACUCUCAUUUCUAGCUUUUGAAGAAAAUAUACAAACCUCUCUUAACCAUGAAAGCAAAAGCUUUUGAGUUUGUAUUGGGAUAGUUAGGAGCUGUGGUAGAAUAUAUUUUCCCCCAAGGAUUUAUAAGAAGAAAGCCCAAGCCCUCUAUUUUAAGUUUAAUUUAAAAAUACUCCAUGUUAUAUUUUGGAAACAUAAACUAUGAUUUCCAUUAAGCCAUCAGAGCAUGUCUCAGUUAUCUGGUCAUACAGUGAAGAGACCAUGCUUUGUGUUUUGUUGAUGUUGAUAUCAUAGUAAUCAGUACUGGUUUAACUCCUGGUUAGUUCCUGCCAGCUAUGUUGCAUGGGAUAAAGUUCUGGCAGCCAUACUGUCAUGAUAGACUUGAUUAUCAGGUCAGAGUCCUCUAGUCUUUUGUUUGGUUUCUGUGUCACAGACACAUUUAGGUAACCCCUAAAUGUGAAGGCUUCAUCCUGAUUGAUCCAGGCUUUUUUGUUGUUGUAUAGAUUAAACUGAAGACCGUAUCCGAGCCUAUUCACUUGCUGGUGGAAUACCACCAUAGACUCAGACAAAUAAUGUGACCAUGUAAUCAUUUUUCUACAAGUACUCACAACAUUGCAUGAGUGUUAUAGAAAUCUGCCAAAAGAAAUUUAGAAAGUUUUAAUAUGAUCUAUUUAACUUUUAUCUUCUUUUUUUUUUCUCAGACCAUCAGUAUUAGAUGAAAAAAAAUCAAGGACUACUUGAAGCUAUUUUUGUUAAUAUACUUGUUCCUGAAGUUUACUGUAAAUACACAUGUAUAGUAUGCCUAGUUCUUUUUAACUUUGUGCUUCCCCCAUUUUUCCAUGGAGUUUCUUCCUACAGAUGAGAGGCCAUUGGACAGGUGGUGAGAACCACUCACCUCUGGGUUGAGAGAAAAGUAAGGGCAUCUUCUUCAUCACUGGUGGUCUCUAUGUACCUAAGUUAUAAUUUCUGAAACAUCAUGUACUAGCAUUUGUGGGAGUAGAAAUCUUUUUGCUAUUUAUAAUGUAUGUGAAAUGAAACAUGAUGCCCUUUCUUAAGUAUGUGAAAAUGUUUAUUUUUAAAGUAACUAAAUACAUUUUGUCUUAACUACCAUAUGCACUGUUACAAAAAGAGCCUUUACCACCUAUAACCUGAAUUUCGGUUUUCUUCAUUUUCUUUGGUUUGAAGUCAUGAGAAUAAUAAGUCUUCUGUUAAGGCAGGGUCUUUCCUCUUGCACAACACUGAACCUCAUGCCCCUGCUUCAGUGGUCAUUGGCCAGCUCUAGAGAUGAGACUUGUAGCAUCAUUCUGCGCAGCAACUCAUGGUAGCAGGUGUCUUCCCUCUCCCUGGUAUAUAUAGUUCAUCAUCGAAACACAUGAAGGAAGCUUUGAAACUCUCCCCAAAUGAUGGUGGUCAAUCAGUAAAUGUUAAGUUUUAUAUCCCACAAACAUUAACAACAAGAAUGUUGGAUAUUGUCCUAAAGGAACCCAGCAUGACUGUGUCAAGGUGGGGUAACUAUUUUGGGCCUUACACAGUCUAUUUUAGCACUGGGGAGAGCAGCUACUGCUGGGUGUUAACUGUUGCUCUCCACUUUGGUCAAAAUGUUACUUAAUUUUUUUUUUAAGCUAUUGAACAGUUUCCCUUGUUUCAGAGGAAUGGUCUGGGGAAACUUAACACUUGACAUACAUUCUCCCACCUAAAUUUUCAGUUUUUUGUUUGUCUUGUUUUUCUAUAAGGUAAAUUUGGGGCUGAGAAAAAACUGUCUACAUAGGUCACUUUGUAGGAACUAGGUAAUCGAUAUUAAAAGACUUUAUAAUUUUUCUCAGGGACCUAAAUCCUGAAUUUGAAUAAAAUUAAAUAAAAACUUUUUUUUCAGUUGCUAGAUUUGUAAAUUUCCAAUCAUUUAACAAGCUGCCAGGAUGCGCUGGGGGAAAUCCACACAAUCAUAAGAAUGUCUCAGCAAGUGUAGGCCUUCUUUGAGGAAAAGAAUGCUAUUGUUCUUGCUGGUCAGCAGGCACUAUUGGUCUGAUAGAGAUGAAGCCAUAACUCAAUACUGUCAGAACCAAAUGUUCUACUCCCGUCAGUUCUUAUCAGGGUCUCUGCAUCACCACAAAAUGACAAUGUAUUGCAGUCACUCAUGAUACAGUCCGCAUCAGGUUCACAGUUCUCUGUUGCUUUCUGCCUUGCUGCUUUUCUUCACUCAGAAUGCAUCAAAAGAAUCUCCAUGGCAGCAGCAGAGUGGCUUACAUGUGGAGCCCGUGUUCCCAACUUCAGAGCAUUCUAGUCACGUCUAGCCCUCAAAAACAUCUAUAUUUUCUUUUCUACCCACUCAUUAAUAUAUGUUUGUAGCUGUGUAUCAUAGAAAAUGUAGCAGAAACAAAUUCAUUCUGCAUUACAGAUUGAAGAUACUACAGCAAAUGCAGGCAGAAUUCAGGGAGGCAACAUGCUUAGUUUGCACAUAGUUUGUACUUCCUGCCAUUUAGAUAUAUAUGGCCACGCUGGGCUGUUGAAACAAAGGGAGAUAUGACCCUCUUUCUCUGAGUAUUGUUAGGAGGGACAAAAAGAUGUGAGUUCAGGGCACAGGUCACUAGGGCCAACUCUCAGGCUUUGGAAAUCUGCUGUGACUCUUAUCCUUGCAUAGGAUGUGAAGAUAUCAUGUGUUGUACAGUCAAAGAUAUGCUGACAUGUGAUCCGUGGAGGUUGUAUUGUCCCAUCUCUGCCUGUGAGCUCUAUGUUUUCAUCUGUAACUGAUAAGCUAGAGAGAAGAAAGGAUUCUCAGGAGGUGUGUGAAGCUGAGAAAGUUGUAACUAUAGAAAGAAGUUGUCCAGCUGGUUUUCUCGCCCACUCUUAAGUCUUGGUGGGGAAUGGACCUGCAUUCUUCUGUAUUGAAUGGUGUGUUAUAUGCACCCACACACUUAUGAUAACUUCCCAGCACUGUGUCCCAACACCAUGCUGGCCUUAGUAGUAAAAUAUUUAGUCAUUUGUAGGAGACCCAACUUUCUGUGUCCUUAGACCAUGUUUCUCUGGAACAUUCCCAUACUUGAUUUGGUGUUGACUGGGUAAUCUCCAGUGUAUUAGAUCUUAUUAAUCUCUUGGUUUAAACUUCAAAAAAGCUCUACCAAUGGGCCUGUUGCCUUGUACUGAUCCAUUCUUAAUGCCUCUUUAUCAGCCCUCUUAGGUCAUAUAAGAGUUGCACCUCUUGAAUAAAGUAUUUGUAUUUGCUAUGGGAAAGGUGUGGACUACAGAUUAGUAUUAUAUUAUUUUAAUGGAUUUUAAGUAAUUUAUAAGUAUGGUGAGUGUAAAUUUUUAAAAUACUGUAUAUUAUAAAAGGACAUAUCCUGUGAAAUAUGCCACUUUACUGUUUAACAAUUCUAUUAGAAUGAUUUAUCUCAUUCACAGAACUGAUUACAUUCCUGAUGCAAUCAGCAGCACUUUGUAGUUUUUCUUUUUUUUUUUUUUGUUUUUUUUUUUUUUGGAGGGGGCAAGACAUUUGUAUGAAGUGCAGUAUGCGUCACUCAGAAUAUGCACUGUAUGGCCACACAAAAGCAGCUUGCUGAACAAAUCACUCCAUGGCUCAUUAAAGAACAAAGCUUCCAGAAAUGGAAUAUGUGUGGUUUGUUUUCUGGUUCCCAAUCAGAUUCAUAACCCAAAGGAACAACACUGAUUUCUUAUACUGAUAAAGUUAAAAGAAAGGACCCAGUUCCCAGUUGGUAAGUGCAGAAGUGACUUCUGUUAGAACUCAGCUGAAUUCAAAGGAGGAGCAAAGCCAAGGUACUGGUCUGCUGACUGUCAAGACAGUUCAGAGGGAAAUACCAAGAUGGAAGAUUAAAGGCAUCUAACGCUCACUUUCUGUGAAGAAAAAAUGUAUAGCUGCAUUUUGAGGUGAACAAUAG